CCUGUUGCUCAGUUAUAUAAAGCAAUGCACCGGCUGCGGAGACGCAGCAGCGUCGCCCUCGCCCCUCCGCGGCCUCCGAACGCCUGAGGUUUCCCGGGAACCACAAUGAACAAGUUGCUGUGCUGCGCGCUCGUGCUCCUGGACAUUUCCGUUAAGUGGACCACCCAGGAAACCAUUCCUCCAAAGUAUCUUCAUUAUGACCCAGAAACCUCCAAGCAGCUGAUGUGUGACCAGUGUCCUCCCGGCACUUUCCUCAAACAGCACUGCACAGCGAGCCAGAAGACUGUGUGUGUCUCCUGCCAGGCCCACCACUACACCGACCGCUGGCACAUCAGUGAGGAGUGUCUCUACUGCAGCCCAGUGUGCAAGGAACUGCAGCACGUGAAGCAGGAGUGCAACGCCACCCACAACCGUGUGUGUGAAUGCGAGGAAGGCCGCUACCUGGAGCUGGAGUUCUGCCUGAAGCACAGGAGCUGCCCCCCUGGGUCUGGAGUCCUCCACCCUGGAACCCCGGAGCGAAACACAGUUUGCAAAAGAUGUCCAUAUGGGUUCUUCUCGAAUGAGACAUCAGCCAAAGCACCCUGUAGAAGACACACAAAUUGCAGUGCAUUUGGUCUGCGGCUGACUCAGAAAGGAAAUGCGACCCAUGACAAUAUAUGUUCUGAAAGCAGUGAAUCGACUAAGAGAUGUGGAAUAGAUGUUACUCUUUGUGAGGAGGCAUUCUUCAGGUUUGCUGUUCCUCCCAAAAUUACCCCUAACUGGCUCAGUGUCCUGGUAGAGAAUCUGCCUGGCAACAAAAUAAAUGCGGAGAGUAUAGAAAGAAUAAAACGCCGACACAGCUCACAAGAACAAACUUUCCAGCUGCUAAAGUUAUGGAAACAUGAAAACAAAGACCAGGAUAUGGUCAAGAAGAUCAUCCAAGACAUUGACUUCUGUGAAAGCAGCGUUCAGUGCCACAUGGGGCAGGCAAACCUCACCCCCGAGCUGCUUCAGAGGCUGAUGGACAGCUUGCCAGGGAAGAAAGUGCCCCCAGAAGACAUUGAGCAAACCACAAAGAUGUGCUCCUCCAGUGAGCAGGUCCUGAAGCUGCUCAGCCUGUGGAGAAUAAAAAAUGGUGACCAAGACAGUCUGAAGGGGCUGUCGGAGGCCCUCAAACACUUGAAAGCAUACCACUUUCCCAAAACGGUCACUCAGAGUCUGAAGAAGACCAUUCGGUUCCUGCGCAGCUUCACCAUGUCCAGACUGUAUCAGAAGCUAUUUAUGGAAAUGAUUGGGAAGCAGGUUCAGUCGGUAAAAACAAGCUGCUUAUAAUGGGGAAUGGUCAUUGAGCUGUUUCUGGGCCACAUUGGAUGGAUACGUGAACUGUUUCUCAGGCACUUGAUGGGAACAAUGACAUCUUUCUCAACACCAAGUUAGGCUGGACCAUAAAACACACAAGAAGCUAUGGUGUGGCGGAAGAACUAAGAGCUCCUCCCCACCCCCAAGUUCAGUCAUUUCCAAAUAGUUUAUCCAAUUGAAAGAUCUCAUCCAAUGUCUACCCACCAUUGUUUUCCCUUAUUACUAUGUGCAGUAAUUCAACUGGAAAUAAGAAACUAGCCUCUAUUGUGCCUUACUUAAUAUGGGAAUGUCUAACUUAAAUAGCUUUGAGUUUUCACCUAUUCUAGAUGCUUUUAUUAGAAAGCCAUAUUUUUUUCAGUAAAAGUUACUAAUAUAUCUGUAACACUAUUACAGUAUUUGCUAUUUAUAUUCACUCAGAUAUAAUGUUUGUACAUAUUAUCAUUCUAAGGGGAAAUUGUGUAUGACAAUUUUUAGAAAGAAAAAAUAUAUUCUGUUUAUUAUUAUGAUAAAUGAAAGAGAUAAAAUAUAUAUUUUUAAUGAAGUUCGUAGCAUUUUUAAUAGGUACUGCCAUUCUUCCUGUGUCGAGUGGCUUUGUAAUAUAAUUCUUCUUGUAUAAGCUGUAAUAUCAUUUUAUAGAAAAUUCAUUAUUAUUAAGUCAAUUGUUUAAUGUUGGAAAGUUGAUGAAAUAUAAGUUAUCUGAAUAUUAGAUGCUCUGAGAA